CCAAUUCGACUCAAGCCGUUCGGGCUCCACCCGCGCUUGGCCGACUGCAGGGCCUGGCCAAGCAAGCACAUCGCUGCAUCCGUUCUCACAGCAUCCAUGGCCUGCGGCCUGGCGCUCAGCGGCGAGGGCGCGAGGGAGCCAGCCCCCCUCGUGGCGCGGUUGCGCAGACCCCGGCUGUGCUCGUACUUCCUUAGGGGCCAGUGCAAAUACGGCCGUGAGUGCGACUUUGCCCACGCUGAGUCGGAGCUCGUGCCGGCCCCCGACUUCACCAACAUGCACAUGUGCAAGGCCUUCCAACUUGGACGGUGCAAGAGGAAACGCUGCAGGUUCGCCCACGGCGUGCAGGAGCUUCGGCCAGGAUCGGUUUCCCCGCCGAGCACUCCGCCAAGUCGCACCAGGCUCAGCGCGAGUUCCGCCCCGUUCACGCCCGCGUGCCUGCACCCCAUCAAGGUGGACCUUCCGAUGCCGCCCGCCGAGCCUGACAUCCUGGGCUUCGGCGCCGCGGAUCCCCUGGCGAGCCCUCUGGGCGCGCUGGAGAAGUCGCAGGCGCGCCUUGCCCACCUCGGCCCCGCCCGCCCGAUCGGUGGGGUGCGGCUGUGGGGGCCGCCCGGCCUCUGCCACGACGACGACGGCUCCGGCGAGGAGGGCGAGACGCCCACGGCCAGUCCGCGCACGUCCGUGGCCUCGGCGGGCACCGCCGACGACGACGGCGGGCUGCUCCAGAGCUUGCGGGACGCCAUGCUGCUCGGCGUGCCCGUGCACUUGUAG